CCGACCAAUCUCGAAAGAUUUCCACUUGCUCUCUUUCUCUUUCGCCUAUUCGCCCAAUUUGACUCUUCGAAUUCUUAUCUUCGUUUCGGCUUUGUAUUCUUGGGUCGAUUCACCAAAACUCCUUUAUAUAUAUAUAUAAGUUAUAACCAAUUAACAAAUCUAAAGAAAAUAAUUACUUUCUCUAAACUCUUUCACCAACUAUUCUCCAACACCCAGAAACUACUUUCGCCACCACUCUCCGGCGAAGGCAAGAGAAAGAGAGUAGCAUAGCAACCACUGUUUUACAUCUUUUGGAUGAAGUUAAGCUACUGCAACCAUUGGAGUCAGCUUGAAGACGAGUAAUAUGUCAAAUAUACCAGCUUUUCUCUCUGAAGGCUGCUUAACUCUCUUCCGCUUAACCAUGUCCGAGGCUGAUCCUUGGCCAUUUUCUUGAAACCCCAGUCAGUUCCAGCAAAGCUCGUUACUUUGUCCAGCCUAAAAUAACCCGGAAAAAAAUAGAUUGUAAAACCAAAAUAAGAACACCCAUCUCUUCCUUUCAAGCCUUCACUGUUUUUUUUUUCACUAUCGAAAGAAAUAUUAUGAGGAAGAUACGCGGCUUCAAGCUCGGGAAACGUCUUUUCCGGGUCACGAGAUGGGUUCUCCGGAAAACCCAGAUUCGAAACGGAUACCGCCGGUUGAGCCAGGCGUCGUCAGCUCAUAAGUCCAAGCCCAUUUCGAAACUCAUCAGUUGGGGUCGUCGCCUGACGAAAGGAGCUAAAUCGCUGUGUUGCUCCAAACCCGGGUCGGGUUAUGUCCAGCUGGGUCACGAGCCGUUUUUGAAGAAGCAGCCGGAGGUUCCGAAGGGUCAUCUGGCGGUUUACGUUGGCCAAGAAGACGGGGACUUUCGCAGGGUGUUGGUUCCUGUGAUUUACUUUAACCAUCCUCUGUUUAGUGAGCUAUUGAGAGAGGCAGAGGAACAGUACGGGUUUCAACACGACGGUGGAAUCACCAUCCCUUGUCGGAUCUCUGAGUUCGAACAAGUCAAGACCCGAAUCGCCGCCGGGUCUGGUGGCCGGAAGCAUGCGUGGAAGCGCCAUUAUUGAUCGUGUUUGACUCAUUGUCCGCGAUGAUGAAUGAUGAUAGUUACCAUUAGAUUGAUGAUGAUGAAAAUGAUGUUUAUAAUUUUUGAAUAGCUAGUGGAUUUUCUUUUUGAUAUAUUUAUUUUAACUUUUACCUUUUUGAUACUUGCUCUAUUGGAUUUUUAGUUUGUAAAUAGUAAAAGGACAAUAAAAGCUGUGUUUUCACUGGUC